UAAUAGAUAGCACGUAUCAUACGUUUGUUUAUUACCUAUCUACUUAUCUACCUAAAAUUCGACAAAAAGAUCGACUCAUCUCAGUGUGUAUCGACUAGCGCCUCGAUAAAAACAUUGUUCGCAGUUCGCAGUAAAUAUUUUAAUUUGCAUGUAACGCUACCAAAAUAAAAUAUAUAUGUACACACCUAUGUAGAUCUGUAUUCUGUAAUUGCGCGUUAAAACACCAUUGUUUAUUGUAGUGACAGUGUCAGCCAUAUCAAAGGAAUGAAAAUAGUACCAAAUCCCCGCGUGUGCGUCAUCGGCGCCGGAGUCGCGGGGCUGACGUCGGCGCGGUACCUGCAGGAGGAGGGCAUCAGCUUCACGGUGCUGGAGGCGACGCGGUACGUGGGCGGCACGUGGCGGUACGACCCGCGGGUCGGCACCGACGAGAACGGCCUGCCUCUGCACACCAGCAUGUAUAAACAUUUGAGGACAAAUCUUCCAAAGCCUACAAUGGAAUUGAGGGGAUUCCCGGUGCCAGAAGACAUGCCCUCAUUUCCCAGUUGGAAAGUAUACUACAAAUACAUCCAGGAUUAUGCGAAACAUUUCGAUUUGGCAAGGCAUAUCAAGUUCCUACAUAACGUAAUAUUAGUAUCACGAGAAGACAACGUGUGGAAAGUGAAAUAUCAAAACGUGCUAAGUGGCGAGGAGUUCGAGGAACAGUUUGACUUUGUGAUCGUUGGCACGGGACAUUACAGCAAACCGAAAUACCCGAACAUGCCCAAUGAAGAGCACUUCACAGGUACAGUAAUACACAGUCACGACUAUAAGGAGCCUGAAAUUUACAAAGACCGUCGGGUCCUCAUAGUCGGCGCCGGUCCCUCAGGCAUGGACAUCACCAUAGACGUGGCCAACUACGCUAAGACCUUGGUCCACAGUCAUCACUCCAAAAUCAAAUUCAAUACAGUAUUUCCUAAGAAUUACAUAAGAAAGCCAGAUGUAAAGGAGUUCAACGCUACCGGUGUCAUAUUCCAAGAUGGCAGCUACGAAGAUAUUGACGAUGUUAUAUAUUGUACUGGUUUCCAGUACUACUAUCCUUUCCUGGACAAGAGUUGCGGCCUGGACCUGAGUCCGAAGAGCGUCACACCGCUGUACAAGUACAUGGUGAACAUCCGGCAGCCCACCAUGGUGGUCAUGGGGCUCACCGUGCGCGCCUGUCUGGUCGUCGCUUUAGAUGCACAGUCCCGCUACGCCACGGCGCUGGUGAAGGGAAACUUCACGCUGCCCUCCCACGACGAAAUGAUGGAGGAGUGGAACAGACGCGCUGACGUCAUCCGCGCAAAGGGGCGGCCAUUGUCUGACAUACACUUCCUAGCUGAAAAAGAAGACGAAUAUUACGCCUCUUUGACAGAAGAGUCCGGCAUAGAGAGGGUCCCGCCGGUCAUGUUCAAAAUCCGCUCCGUGGACACUCAGGCCAAGCUGGACGACCUCUACACGUAUAGAGACUACGUGUACACCAUCAUUGAUAAGGACACCUUUGUGAGGACGUUAGAAGAUAAGGACGUUAAUAGAAUAAGGUAGAUUUUGAAAUAGGAAAACAAAUAGGGAAAUAAGAAAGAAAACCUCAUAUUGAAAUAAUUUAUCGAUAUUAAAUUAAAUUGGUAAAAGUAAUUUAUUGGUAUUAAAUUAAAUUGAUAAAAGUUUAUUUUAAUUUAUUAACAACGCAAAAAUGCGAAUAUGAAUUUAAAUCAAUAAACUUUUAGGGAAAUAGAAAUAUUUAAAUUUAUUGAUUUGAUAUUUCAUUUUUCAAAGAAUAUUAGUUGAUAUUUAUCGUAUGUUGAAAAAAGUUUUUGCAGUUUUUAGUAAAUGCCGACCUAAAUAUAUUUUCAUAGUAAUAAUAUAUUUUGUAACGAUAGGCACACCUAAAACUGUCCUUAAAGUAACUACCUAGAACGUAAAAUUAAUAUGUAAGCUUUGUAUUAAAAUAAAACUGUAUUAUAUGGAG